GUUUUGCCGCCGAAUUACAUCACCAUAUCAUGGCACGCGUUUGACGCAUUUGUUAAAAUUUUCGACUUUUCGUGACAGCACGUCAAUUUCGACAUUUGAUUGAUAAUUUUCUAAAGAUCCAUCAAAUUAGUUUGUUUGAAAGUUGGUUUGGGCGCUAAAUGUUAUUAUUUCGUUGUUUUAACUUUAAUUCUAUGAUGUGAGUGCGUGGUAUCCAUUUUUGGUUGCGUGUGUCUUUACUCCAUAAUGAGCGCCCUAAAGUGUGUAGUUGAAGGAUGCAAUUUAGAAUAUGAUGUAGUCUGCAGCUUCUCGUUCUACAAUGCCAAUAUAUCGACGGACAAUGAAAACAAACGGCAGGACUGGAUCGAGGGUGCUAUGCAUGAAGAGAGCGAGUGUCUCUGGCGGCAUGUUAGCUUGCAGCUAUGCGGGUAUCAUUUCGAGUUGGAUAACCAGGGCCUCUGGAUCGACUCGCCCAUGCUACCAGAGCUGCUCACUCACCAAGAGAAAGCUGCUCCCGUGAUACAAUCGCCAAAUGAUAAAAAAUUGGCAGAAAUUAUCCGGAUGGAGCAUAAUUAUAGCGUGGAGCCGGUCAAAGAAGAUCCGGAAAGCGUAUCCAGGUUGAAUGUUCGACAAUUGGUGGAUACCUUGGGAUAUCUGUCAUUGAAGAACCUGCAACGCAAACAGCUGUGGGUCGUCAAGGUUGAGACGGACAAGGCUGAAGCUUCGAUCACGCAAUCCGAACAGGUCAUCACCAAGAUGCCGGACCCACGGCAGAUAAUUGAGAUCAUACCUCAAACGUCGACAUCGACAGCAACAGAACCAGAGGCUCAGAAUUCCGAAGUCCUACAAAUAAUGGAUGAUACAACAAUCUCAGAUAAUUUCAUUUACGAAAUAGCGGAGGAACAGGAAAUUACAAUGGAGGAGGUCAAAGAGAUACCAGCUUCAUCAUCCGAAAAUCCCGAAUGGACCGUCAACAUCCUCCCUGAUGACACGAAACCGAAAUACGCCUACAUAAAACACUGUGCUUCGGGCAAAAAAAAGAGACAUUUUACAGCUGACAUGAAUGAAAUAACCUUACAAGGUGACUUUGAGAAUUAUUACAUCUUACCCGAUGUGGAUCCGUCGGUCGGUGUCGAAAUAACAACUAGCUAUGAACCAGAAAACUACAUAGUGGAAGAAUAUCAACAUUUGGUACUCGACGAGAGACCGAAAAAGCGUUCCAAAGACGAUUCCGGAAGAAAAAAGAAGAAGAGACUGUCAAACCCUCCCGUCAAAGAGGAGCCCACAGACUGGGUUGUCGACAACAACAUUGUCUAUGAACAGGACGAAGAUUUUGACGAUCCGAAGAAAGUAGCGUCCCGUGUCAGAAGAAAAAAUAAAAAGUACCUCGGGUAUGAUUUUGUUACUUAAAUAUAUUGUUUUAGUCUUGGCAUUUGACUUUGGAACGUUAUUUG